GCAGAAGAAGAAGAAGAAGAAGAAGAAGAAGAAGAAGAAGAAGAAGAAGAAGAAGAAGAAGGCUCUUGUCGUGUUCCUGGUACUAAGACAACAGGUGCAGGGACCGAAACAUCUGCACGGAUCUUCUCUAACAGCGUCCACGGGUGGACUUGAGCUGCUCGCUAUGAACUGGUGUGGACGUGUCGGAUGUUAGCUUACAAUGCCUCUGGCUCCGGCUAACCAGGCCCAGCUGAUUCGCUCCAGUCAGAAGGACGAGUAUUACCGAUCCGUCCUGAGAAACAACGCUAACGAAGCUUUUCACACACUUGCUGGAUCCAAACGAUGGCUGGACUGGAGGAGAGAGAUAGAGCUGCUGUCAGAUCUGGCAUACUACAGUUUAACAACGUUCUCGGGUUAUCAAACUCUUGGUGAGGAAUAUGUCAACAUCAUCCAGGUGGACCCCACUAAACGUCAGAUCCCCUCUCGGGCCAGACGUGGCCUCUUUAUCCUGUGUCAUGCUUACUUUCCAUACCUCCUGGAGAAGGUCCUGGUGUGCUUGGAGAACGAGCUGGAAGGCGAACAGGAGAGCCGUGGCGGCGUGAGCCGGCGUCAGGCGGCGACUGGGUGCUGGAGCCUGGAGUGUUGGCUUAGAAGAUGGGUGCAGAGGGGGGUGGCGCUGCUCACAGAGCCCCAGAGGAGAGCAUGUCUGCCGGCUGUGUUGGUCGUCCAGCAGGGUGUGACGCUCCUGCACCGACUCCACGUGGCUCUGUUCUACAUCAGCAGCUCAUUCUAUCAUCUGUCCAAGAGAGCGGCUGGCAUCGGCUACUUGCGUGUGAUGGGGCUGGGAGGUGACGACGCCACCAUCAGGACCAGCUACAGGCUGCUGGGUGUUGUCUCCCUCCUCCAGCUGCUCGUCACCGUCAGUCUGCAGCUCAACAACUUCAGGCAACGGCAAAGAGCCCGGCAGGAGUGGAAGCUCUACAGGAAGCUCAGUCCUCAGCACAACCUGAGCUCCAACCACAAAGCAGCCCGCUGCAUCCUCUGCCUGGAGGCGAGGAGGCACUCCACCUCCACCCCCUGCGGACAUCUCUUCUGCUGGGAGUGCAUCACGGAGUGGUGCAACACCAAGCCGGAGUGUCCUUUGUGUCGGGAGAAGUUCCUGCCUCAUCGACUGGUGUACCUGAGGAACUACAGCUAGAACUACACAACCAGAUGUUGGACACACAGCAGCUGAACCGGUCUGGAAGCAAACAGCGUUUUCCAGUUUUCCAGAUUGCUCCCAUAUAAACCCAGUUUUCCUUGUGCUUUACAUUUCAUAAAGAAAUCAUGUAAAUAUGAGUAAAUCUAUUUAAUUUAAUAUUGUAAUAGAUGAUUACAAAAUGUUUAAAAUGUCUAAAUACAUGAUCUGUACUAAGUUUGUUAAAAUUAUUAACUGUAAAGACGUGAAGGUCUGUUUUUACCAACCGUCUGCUCUGAUUGCUGCACCAUAAAAGAGAUUACAAGAUUUUUCCUAAGAACAGUAUUAAGACUCCAGUAUUCCCAACACAUGGCUCGACUGGGGCAGAACCCAGUUUUGUUUUUUUUUAAUAAUGAAAAUUAAUCAGUUUGAGGAUGUGUGCGUUGCACAAGAAUGGUUUGAAAAGCGUAUUUUAAUGGGAAAAUAACAGAACUAUCUUUUGUGAAAACUGAUUUUCUGGUUCAGUUGGAUCUAAUAUAUUCAUUAUCUGUCA